GGGACUGUUCGUGUAGAUGAGCACUGGUCACAAGACUUUGUACACUUCAUGUACAUAUAGCUGCUUACAGAUCUAGUCGGAUAAGCUGUAUUCGAGGAUGUAGGACUGAAUUCAUUCCACAGAAGACAUAAUAGUACAUAGAAGACAAAUAACCUUGCUCAAGAUGAAAAUGAUCGUCAUAUUUGCUGUCGUGACCUCCUUGCCCUUUGCCUUUCCCAAAGAUAUUUGGUCGUGCUUUGACGCUAUUAUACCAUUUGGUGGAAUAAUCAAAGAGGUGCCACCCGAUUCGCCGGUGAUCGUCAAGUUCACUGGCAGGGCGAAUAAAGCAUGCCACAUGUUUUCUGCGAUUUGCGAAGAUGCACUUCCAGAAAACUGUGAGGUCUGCGCCACCGUAGUAGGUAUUAAAGAAAAAGAUUGCUCGGUUCAACUUGAGUUCCUACAACUCUUGGGUGUUUCGCUUCCGAAGACAGUUCGUACCGAAAAAUGCUUGGAGAGGGAUAUUGAGCCAUACUGCUCAACAUUCUCUCUUGGAAUGAUAAUAAAGAAAACAGACAAUUCCCUGACUAGCGCUAGUUUUGAGAUCCUUCUUACAGCGAAAAUUUCCGCCGAAACAAACUGGGGAGCCAUAGCCGGUGUGAUCGUAGGAUUAAUAGUGAUAGUGACUGUCGUUAUAUCGAUCAUUGUCUAUUUUGUCGCCUGUAGGAAACACAGGGCUGGGAACCAAAGGCAGAGUCCAGCUGGGAGCACAGCCCCGUUGACACAUUUGAGCAGCCCAAGCUACCAAAUGGACGAAAGCUAUACCAUCCAGACCUCGAAAGGAAACAAUAACACAAAACCGCCAAAUUGACGAUCCUCCAGGAAUCCAAACCCUAGCAAGGAUGAAUAUACUUGAAAUGACGGUCACUACAUGUACCACAAUGAAUUUGUAUCAUAUAUUUAUAAAGCUUGAAAUGGAUUCUUGCAUGUUCAGGAAUAUGUUCUAUGCAUUCUAUGUAUCCUCUGCUUCACUGCCAACAAUAUAUUUACAGCAAUGAAAAAAGUAAUAGAACAAAUUACAACAAGGAAAAAUGAAUAUCUUUUGUAAAUACGUAAGUAUAAUGUUUUGGUCAUUGUCAAUACAUUUGGUCUGUAUAUUAUUUCUAACUUUAAAAUUUGAUGCAUGGAGUUUGAUCUUAGACAUUCACUCGUCAAUAGUCUUGCAAAUAUCUUGUAUUAUUAUAUUAAUUGUACAUAUAUAUUGUUCAAGUUUACUUUGUUCAAAACACAUUUUCUUUGUUUAAUAUCACGACUCUAUUUAUUGCAUAAAAUUCGAUAUGCCA